AAAUUUGGCAUGGCUGAAGGCGCGAGUCGGGAGGCCCAGCUCUGCUCGGAGCAGUUUGGCUCCGGGGCCGCACGGGGCUGCCGCGCGGCCGCCGACGGGAGCCUGCAGUGGGAGGCCCGGGGGUGGAGCUGGUGGGGGUUCUCGGGGGCCUUCCCGGUGAGACCCGAAGGACGAGAUGAGGGCGGCGCGGGGGCUCCAGGGACGUCGUCACCACCUCUCUCCGGUCUCCAGGCAGUGUUCCUGCCGCAGGGCUUCCCUGAUAGCGUCAGCCCAGACUAUCUGCCCUACCAGCUAUGGGAUUCCGUGCAGGCCUUCGCUUCCAGCCUCUCGGGCUCCCUGGCCACCCAAGCAGUCUUGCUGGGCAUAGGGGUGGGGAACGCAAAAGCCUCUGUUUCAGCUGCCACGGCCACCUGGCUUGUGAAAGAUUCAACUGGCAUGCUGGGCCGCAUCGUCUUUGCCUGGUGGAAGGGGAGCAAACUGGACUGUAAUGCCAAGCAGUGGAGGCUUUUUGCUGACAUCCUCAAUGAUGUAGCCAUGUUCCUCGAGAUUAUGGCUCCCAUAUACCCAAUCUGUUUCACCAUGACUGUGUGCACCAGCAACCUGGCCAAGUGCAUUGUGAGUGUGGCCGGCGGGGCCACUCGAGCUGCCCUGACCAUGCACCAGGCCCGGAGAAACAACAUGGCCGAUGUGUCAGCCAAGGACAGCAGCCAGGAGACACUGGUGAACCUGGCAGGGCUCCUGGUCAGCCUCCUGAUGCUUCCUCUGGUGUCGGGUUGCCCCAGCUUCAGCCUUGGAUGUUUCUUCUUCCUCACUGCCCUCCAUAUCUAUGCCAACUACCGGGCAGUCCGAGCCCUUGUCAUGGAAACCUUAAACGAAGGCCGGCUCCGGCUAGUCCUGAAGCACUUCCUUCAGAGGGGAGAAGUACUCGACCCCACCUCAGCCAAUCAGAUGGAACCGCUGUGGACAGGUUUCUGGCCAUCCCUGUCUCUAUCCCUGGGGGUCCCCCUACACCGCCUGAUCUCCAGCGUCUUUGAGCUGCAGCAGCUGGUUGAGGGGCACCAAGAACCUUACCUCCUUUGCUGGGACCAGUCACGAAACCGCGUACAGGUAGUUCUGAGCCAGAUGGCGGGCCCUGAGACCAUCCUAAGGGCCGCCACACAUGGGCUGGUGCUUGGAGCCCUGCAGGGAGACGGACCCCUUCCAGGAGAGCUGGAGGAACUGAGGAACCAGGUGCGAGCAGGUCCUGAGAAAGAUAGCUGGGUCAUCGUCAAGGAGAUACACCAAGUGCUGGAUAAGCUUUUCCCAAAGUUCUUGAAAGGACUACAAGAUGCUGGCUGGCAGACCGAGAAGCACCAGCUAGAGGUGGAUGAAUGGAGGGCCACGUGGCCCCUGUCUCCAGAAAAGAAGGUCUUGUGAGCAGCCCAGGUGGAGGCCCAGGGCUCAGGACAGGAGCCUGGAGCAAGGACACUUUGACCACAGCAGGCCGUGGGAAAGGCAGCUUUAUUUUUGCUUAGGGGAGCUGCUAUGGCAGAUUGGCCAAGCCCUCAUGGGAAGUGACUGCCAGUCAGAUGGACUGAGCCCCAGGCGGAGAUAGACAGAGAAAAUGAGAACCAGGAUCUUCCCACCCCACUCCUGCCCUUUCCCCUUUUCUGGGGACCACUGAGGGCCACCCACUCCCACUUAUUGUGAGGGUGGGCCCUGCCCUUGCUGUGGUUUAUGUUGUCCAACACAGUUGGCCUUAGGCAUAGAAGCCCCAGAGGAACACCGCCACGGUCAUCAUGAGCAGGGCAUUGAGGUUGACCACACGGGCCCAGCGCGGGUCCUCGCUGAUAUCCUCCAG